GGGAUGAUUGGGAUAUUGUACUUUCUUUGUUAUACUUCAGUUUGAAUUUAGUUUUCAUUCUGGGAGCACGUGUCGUGUAAUCAAGGAAAAUUACAUGCUUUGAUUGAAAAUUUUACAUGUUUGAAAGUAAAGGAUUCAAUUUUAAUUCUACAUCAUGGAAACACCUGCAGGAUCUGACGAUAACCAGCCACAAGUUACCCGUACUACAAAAUUGCCGAGUCCAUCAAGAGAUUUUAAGUAUCGAAAAGCUUCUGAAUCGCCAACUGAAAUUUCUUUAUCUGAAGAGGCUGCAUUCUCCUUCCUGGUAGAAUAUGAUCUCACAAAGAGUCAAUAUCAGGGAUUGAGAUCACUGAGCAAGGAUAUUAAUUCUAAACUAUAUCCUCCCUACAGAAAACUCCUACAAGCAAAAAAUUGUUGCUAUCCACCCCAUAUGGCCAUUACUGUCACGGAGAGUAGUGUAGCAGUCCAAUUACAGGCUUUAUUGGAUCAUACAGUAGAGCGUAUUUCACUUCUUCAGAGUAGCCUUAUCCGAAGUUUGCCUCAAGAAAAUGUCAGUAAUAUGGUCCUUGUUUGCAAGUGGGGUUGCGACCAAAGCUCCGGAGAAAGUGAAUAUCAAACACUCACCGUUGGCAUUAAAUCAGAUGUGAAUGUGUUCUCUAUUUCAGUUGUGCCAUUGUAACUUACGUCUAUAGGUCAGGAAACAAAGGCCCAAACUGUGGUGUGGAAGAACCCGAGACCUUCUUCUCAUAGAUUCUGUAGACCACUGAGACUACAGUUUUUGCAUGAAGACAGCGAGUCAAUGGUCAACGUAGUACAAGAUAUCAAGGAACAGAUCAGGUCACUUGUUUCCUUUGAAACUGUAAUAGAUGGGAAGGAAAUCUUAAUUGUGUAUGACAUGGUUUUCACAUUAGUCGAUGAUGAAGUGUGCAAUGCAAUGAUAUCUAUGAAAUCCUCACAAAAUUGCUAUUUGUGUGGAGCUACUAGCAAAGAUUUUAAUGAUAUUGAUGAUAUUUUACAAAGGAAAGUUGAUUUAUCCAAUUCGAAAUUUGGAUUGUCGACAUCGCACUUGUGGAUACGGUUCUUUGAAUGCUGUUUACAUUUGUCCUAUAAACUUGGUAUCAAAGAAUGGCAAGCAUGUAGUGCAGAAGACAAAAAAAUCACGGAAGACCGCCAAAGGAUCAUUCAGAAAGGAUUUACUUCAAAAUUGGGGCUAACCGUCGACCGUGCAAGGCCUGGAUAUGGAAAUAUCAACAAUCAAAAUACAGCUCGCUGUUUUUUUGAAAACUCGACACUGUCUGCUUCGAUAACGGGAUUGGAUGAAUGGUUAAUCAAGCGGUUUAACGUAAUUCUGCAGGUUAUUUCAAGUGGAUAUAAUAUAAAUUAUGAUAAAUUUCAAGAAUACGCUGUGGAAACUGCAAGAAAAUUCGUCGAAUUAUAUCCGUGGUAUCAUAUGCCUACUUCGGUUCACAAAUUAUUGAUUCACGGUCCACACAUGAUAGCUCAUGCAUUAUUACCAAUUGGCCAACUAUCCAAAGAUGUUCUAACAGCUGGAAACAAAGACAUCAAAAAAUAUCGCGAAAAUUUCUUAUAUGUAUAAGUCUUCAAGAGCCAAAACAAUGAUGAAUGUCUUCAAUCGACUUAUGGUAGCUUCGGAUCCGUACAUUACCGGUAUAAGUAAAUUACCGCACAAAAAUC